GUUAAGAGGGGAGGAGAAGGACGGUCGGGUCUGGCCCGGCAUGCCCUGGGCUUCCGGUGACCUCUGGCCCUUUUCUGUCGUCCGCGCUCGCUACCUAGCGUGCUCACUUGAUCAUUGCCUUCCUUCCCUCCAUCUGGUCUCCUUUUCGCACGCUUCCUGGUGACUGUGGCGCCCGCGACUGGCAGGGAGGCGGUGGCGGAGGACACUCGUCAUGGCCGCCUCUAAGCCCGUGGAGGCGGCGGUGGUCGCAGCGGCUGCACCCAGCCCCGGGAGUGGGGUCGGCGGCGGCGGCGGCGGCGGGACUGCGGGCCCGGGAACAGGGGGCCUGCCCCGAUGGCAGCUGGCGCUGGCUGUCGGGGCUCCCCUGCUGCUGGGCGCGGGUGCCAUGUACCUGUGGAACCGACAGCGGCGGCGCCGGGAGACCGGAGGCCGAGGUGACGCCAGCGGUUUGAAGCGCAACAGCGAGCGGAAGACCCCGGAGGGUAGGGCCAGUCCGGCCCCGGGCAGCGGACACCCCGAAGGUCCCGGUGCUCACCUGGAAAUGCAAAAAUGGAAAGAGGUGGCACAAGAUUGUACAAAGGCUGUUGAACUUAAUCCCAAAUAUGUGAAAGCUCUCUUUAGACGUGCAAAAGCCCAUGAAAAGCUAGACAAUAAGAAGGAAUGUUUAGAAGAUGUCACUGCUGUGUGUAUAUUAGAAGGGUUCCAAAAUCAACAAAGCAUGCUAUUAGCCGAUAAAGUUCUUAAACUUCUUGGAAAAGAGAAAGCCAAAGAAAAAUACAAGAAUCGUGAACCUCUGAUGCCAUCUCCACAGUUUAUCAAAUCAUACUUCAGUUCUUUCACAGAUGAUAUCAUUUCUCAGCCCACGCUUAAAGGAGAAAAGUCUGAUGAAGAUAAAGACAAGGAAGGAGAGGCUUUAGAAGUGAAAGAAAAUUCUGGAUAUUUAAAGGCCAAACAGUAUAUGGAAGAAGAAAACUAUGAUAAAAUCAUAAGUGAAUGCUCAAAAGAAAUCGAUGCUCAAGGCAAAUACAUGGCAGAAGCAUUAUUACUGCGAGCCACCUUCUACCUGCUCAUUGGCAAUGCCACUGCGGCCAAACCAGACUUAGAUAAGGUCAUCAGUUUGAAAGAAGCUAACGUGAAGCUUCGAGCAAAUGCUCUCAUCAAAAGAGGCAGCAUGUACAUGCAGCAGCAGCAGCCUCUGCUGUCUACUCAGGAUUUUAACAUGGCUGCUGACAUUGAUCCUCAGAAUGCAGAUGUUUAUCACCACCGAGGGCAGCUGAAAAUACUGCUUGAUCAAGUUGAAGAAGCAGUGGCAGAUUUUGAUGAAUGUAUUAGGUUAAGACCUGAGUCUGCUCUGGCACAAGCUCAGAAAUGUUUCGCAUUGUAUCGCCAGGCAUAUACAGGAAACAAUUCUUCACAAAUCCAGGCGGCUAUGAAAGGUUUCGAAGAGGUCAUAAAGAAGUUUCCAAAGUGUGCUGAAGGCUAUGCACUAUAUGCCCAGGCAUUAACAGAUCAACAACAGUUUGGUAAAGCUGAUGAAAUGUAUGAUAAAUGUAUUGAUUUGGAACCAGAUAAUGCCACAACAUAUGUUCAUAAAGGUUUACUUCAACUUCAGUGGAAGCAAGAUCUGGAUAGAGGUUUGGAACUUAUCAGCAAGGCUAUUGAAAUUGACAAUAAAUGUGAUUUUGCAUAUGAAACCAUGGGAACUAUUGAAGUACAAAGAGGAAACAUGGAGAAAGCCAUUGACAUGUUCAACAAAGCUAUUAACCUGGCCAAAUCAGAAAUGGAGAUGGCCCAUCUGUAUUCACUUUGCGAUGCUGCCCACGCCCAGACAGAAGUUGCAAAGAAAUAUGGAUUAAAACCACCAACAUUAUAAAACAGGAGGAAAGGAGACUGACCCUAUUUUUAAAAGAAGUUUACCCCCUCUUCAACUGAACCCUAAAGACACUCUCAUAAACUGUGUUGAAUGGUGGAACUUAGUAUUUCCGUUUGUGGUGUUGUCAUUCGUUACAUCCAUUUCAUGUUUAGGUGUUGUGGGUGUGGCUGUUGAAGGAAGUUUGCGUCUUGCAGCUUUUAUUCCCUGUGCAACAAAAGCUUAGAACCUGUUAAAAGGAUAUUAAAAUAAAGUCGCAAAGAGUACAAAUGAUAAUUGGCCAUGCAAAUAAAAACUUUGAUUUGUUGAUUGGUUUUUUUUUUAUGGGGGGGCAGGGGGUUAUGUUCUGGAUGAUUUUGUCUUAAUAUAUGUGUGUAUAAUAUGAGUAUUUUACAGCAUGUUGGUUUUUAAAUUGACACAGUAAGUGCUGUAAAAUAGAUGUCUUUUAUAUUCAAUCCGUUUUAGUUGAUUUUUUGAAGAAAACAAAGCUUAAAUGGGGAUUGAAGUAAAAUUGAGUGACCCUUUAAACCAUUGUCAGCAUGCACAAUGCCUCUGAUUCUGCAGAACUUUGGAAACUUAGUGGCGACUGUUAAUCGUCUUGACCCCCUUCCAUUCUAAUGGAUGAUGUACAUCAUUCUUGAAGUCUACAGCAGCUGGUUUUCAUACGGUAAAUUACGCAGAAGUAAAAUAUUUGGAUUAAUAUAUGUGCUGGAAGACUGAGUAUUGAUGGGGAGUGGACCCAGCAAAGAGGUAAGGUGAAACAGAAGUGUGUUCAUAAUUUCCAUGACUGUAAUAAGUACAACUAUUUAAUAGUGUACUUUUUAAAGAAAGUGCAGGUUGCUGUAUAACCCAAAUAAAGAUGUGUGAUAUAUGGGAGUAUUUAAUUAGUUUAAAAUUUCUAAUGAAGAAGAUGUGGCUAAAUGUUCAAAAUGGAUGUAGGUCUUGGAGCCAGAGCAUAGUAUUUCCUGAUGUGACAAGUUCAGUGCUUCGGCUACGGCUACAUGUGCUUAAGGAAUUUUGAGCCAGUACUUUGCAAGAUGCUGAGGACGUGUAGAGUGCUUUUUAGUACUGAGCUAACCUUGAUCUCUGGGGACUGAUUGCCUAUGUCCAGGUCUUCACUAGGGAUAGUGACAACAGAUUUUUGUUUUGUUGGUUUUAUCUUUAUUCCACCUCUUUACUUAGAAAUAACUUUGAGAUUUAUUUCCAAUUGUCACUUUUAUAAACCAUCAUUGUGCUUACAUGCUGGAUUUUUCUGGUGGGGGUAGGGUUGUGUUUUUAAGGGGUGUCUUAUUUUGAGGUACUCGAGAUGGGGAGCAGUUUAAGACUUAAUAAAAGAGCAAGCUUUCAGUUAUACUUUUCUGGAAAUCUAAUUAUAGUUUACAUUGUUGAGAGUAAAGGAGCAUUUUUAUCCCUCUUUAAAAGGGUGCUUUAUCCUGUUGAAACCAAAAAGAUUUUGUCUACAAAUGCUAUCUUUUAGAAUCUAUUAGAAAGGACUCCAUUCCAAAGUCAGUAUUUGGAAAAUAUAGAGGAGGCCUCUAACCUAAUUAGUGGCAGCAGUUAACAUAAUUUAAGAUAAUUCGGAUAAUGGAAAGUUUGAGAACUCUGCAUUUUGUUCUUAAAUUUGCAUCUAUUAUGAUAACCCCUGCAUACAGAAAUGUUCUACAUCUCUGAAUGUCCUCUGAACUUAAAAAAAAAAGUUUUUAUUUGCAUGGCUAUAUUCACAUUAAUAUUGACUUCUACUCUUCUCCCUUCUUUCCCGUCGGGGUCGCAUAGAAAAACACAAAGGAAACUGACGCAUGUACCAUUCAGUACUAUCAUUCCAAAUUCUCUCGGACUCUUGCCUGUUGUGAAAAUAUUUGAAACUGCACUGGAAGCUGCAUCUGUCUGUAUCUUUUCUUUUGUAAAUGACCUCACAUGUAAAUUCACCAAAUAAAUAUUACAUUCAA